CUGGCUUCCUCACCCUGGUCCCCCGGCGACGAGGCUGCCGCGCCCCUGCUGGAUAUGGAGAACCACCCUCCACGCACGAGCGGCACGUUCGACCGCAAGCCAAGCCACGAUCAAUAUGACCCCGAGGAGGAGGACGACGAUGUUAUGGACGUCGAGGGCGGGAGGCCCCCAAACCGCCGCCGGUGGACGCCCAGCUCGCCCUCCCACGUCCUCUCGUCCGACCCGGACCUCGAGGGCCUGAGCCUGUACGACAAGAAGUGCGUGCUCAUCAACCGCGAGAUCGACGCCAUGGGCAUGGGCAAGUACCAGUGGAUGAUCUGGGGCCUCUGCGGCUUCGGCUACCUGCUGGACCUGCUGUGGGCUCAGGCCUUCGGGCUGGCCCUCAAGCCCUUGCAGCAGGAGCUGGGCUUCGGGAACGACAGGUCGGGCAACAUAUCCACCGCCUUCAGCUGCGGGCUUACGGCCGGGGCGUUCUUCUGGGGCGCGUUGAGUGAUGUGGUUGGUCGCAAGUGGGCCUUCAACCUGACAUGCCUCUUCUCGUCCGUCUUUGGCCUGUGCCUCGGCGCAUCCGACAGUUAUACGACAUUCCUGGUCCUGACGGCCUUUGUCGGCUUCGGCGUAGGCGGUAAUAUUCCCAUCGAUACGACGAUCACGCUUGAGUUUAUUCCGCAAAAUAAGCGCUUCCUCUUGUCCACCCUCUCCAUCUUCCAGCCGAUCGGCGUCGUGCUCUGCAGCGCCAUCGCCUUCGGCUUCAUCCCGACUAUGUCGUGUUCGCCCAACUUCUCCGAGGCUAAUCCCCUGAAAAGCUGCAACGAUCCGAGCCUGGAGGCCGGCGCGCCGUGCUGUGGGCGAGACAAUAACAUGGGCUGGAGAUACCUUCUCUUCACCUUGGGCGGUAUCACGCUGGCCGUCUUCAUCCUGCGCUGCUUCAUCUUCCGGUUUCGUGAGAGCCCCAAGUUCCUCGUGUACAAGGGUAAGGACGAGGAAGCCAUCAAGGUGGUGCACCACAUCGCCAACACGAAUGGGACCGUCUGCCGGCUGUCCUUGGAGCAUUUCGAGGCGCUGAGUGGCCAGGGCGGCUCCCGGCGGACACAGACCACCCGGGGCAGCGGAGGGCGCCCUGGCCUCCGGACGCGGAUGAGCAGCACGCUCGGGCGGACCGUCAGCGGGACGGUCACGACGAUCAAGCGGAUGAAGCCGAGCAGGAAGAAGGUGGCUGAGCAGAAGAACCGGUACAUGAUGCUGUUCUCGAGCUUCACGAUGGCGAGGCUGACGAUUCUCGUCUGGCUGACGUACAUUUUUGACUUCUGGGGAUUCACUGUGGCCGGCUUCUACCUCCCAAGUAUCCUAGCCAUCAAGAAUGGCGCCGCUUCGAAGAAUAACUCGCUCUCCUUCACGUACGCCUCCUACAUUUACACGUACGCGCCCGGCGCAAUAGGCGUGCUGCUCGGGUCACUCAUGUACCGGCUCCCGUCCUUCGGGCGCAAGUGGACCAUGACCAUCUCGUCGGGGCUGAUGGGCGCGUCGAUCCUGCUCUUCAGCAUCGUCGACACCGUCCCCAAGAACCUAGGCAUGUUCACGAUGGAGUACUUCUUCCAGUCCAUGUUCAACGCAGUUCUCUACGGCUGGACCCCCGAGGCGUUCCCGGCCCCCGUGCGCGGGACCGCCUGCGGCCUCGCCAGCUUCUGGGGCCGCCUGUUCGGCAUCGUCAGCCCGCUCAUCGCGCAGCACCUCUACGGGAGCAGCACGUCCGGCGGUGGCAACGGCGACGUGAAUGCCGUGCUGUACCUCGCUGGGGGCGUCACACUCGGGUGCGUGAUCACCACGGCUUUGUUGCCGAACAGUGUUCUGCAGUCGAGUGAUGGGAGAUCAUAG